AUGCAAUUCGUAUUCUCAUUCUUUCAAAUCGCUUGCAUCGAAACAAGGUCCCGAGAUCGAAGGCGCCGUCUCAUUGAGGGUACGUACGAGUACCUCUCAGCACACUCCCGUAUCGCUACUACCGAGCGCGCAACAAACUACGGCAAUUGCAAAGGAGUUGAAGCUAUCAAUUCUCCAUGCGAGCACCUAAAUCACGCAUAUCGCACGCCAAAGUUGGAUCACCUUUCAGAUCAUGCCAAGUUCUACCUGAGUUCGUCAACCGCAAACCUCACCGCCUUAGAGAACGAAAGAUCCUUCGAUGUCAACGCAUGGGUCCGGUGCAUGAAGUUUACCAUUCACGAGACGUUCUUACUCUGCCCAGAAGUGCGGGACAGGCUAGUUAACGAGCUGCGGCAGUUGCUGCUAUGCCCUCGUCUGCAUACGGUGAGUAUUCGGAUCGAAUGCUUCCCAUUGAAAAACGAGGAGGAGUUACAUGAUAUCCUGCGGGCAGUUGCAGAGGUGUACGCUCAGUUAUGGGGGAAGAUAAGUGGCAGGUUCAAGUUUGAGACCGACGGGAGGGAGAAUUGGGGCAACGAGAGAGGGCAGCCGUUUUCACCUUGGGUUCCGAGUCCUGUAAAUGUGCCACGGGAGCAGCGUCCUCCAACUCGAUGA